CGUCGGCAUCACAAUUUACCAGUGGUUUUCCUUUUUGUGUCACUUAGCAUUUUUUGUGUGUGGUAUGAUUUUAUGAGCUUUUGGUGGGGCGUGUCCACAUGAGGAGGUAACGACAGAAGCGGAAGAUAAUGUUUUGUAUGUGGUUAAACAGCACACCGUGAUAUGUUUCUGUUUUAGUCCUCAGUUUUAUUAGCUGCAAGGUGAGCCAUUCUGCACUCAGACUGCGAGGAAGUAGCAGCCAGCGUCUUAGUGGGUGCAUAAAAGAGGAGCGUUUGAAUAUCUGUGGAUAUUUCCGCAUGGAGAGCUUAAUGACAGCUGCAAAUCUGAAGAAUUUGUCUGGCACUGGUAAUCCGCCAACCAUUGAUUCUAUGUGGUCCAUAGGCAAACCCCUAUCUUCUAGCACAUCAGACAGUGACAGUGAAGAAAAGAAUGGAGGCAUUGAAUGUCAAGGAACAGACUUCUCCACCGUAUAUGAAAUAGACUUAUUGCCGCACACAAAUAUGGCAGAAUAUACAGAACAGUUUCUGCUGGAAGUGGUGGGCAUCCUUCUCAGCCACAUCCGAAGAACAUAUGACAGAAGAACAAAGGUGCUCGAUUUUCAUCAUCCACAUCAGCUUCUUGAUGGACUGGAAGGGUUCAGCCUGGAGCUUUCGGAUCAGCCAGAACCUCUGGAGCAAAUUCUUGUUGACUGCAGGGAUACAUUAAAGUAUGGGGUAAAAACAGGUCACCCUCGUUUCUUCAAUCAGCUUACAACAGGUCUUGACAUUGUUGGAUUAGCAGGUGAAUGGCUGACCGCAACAGCUAACACAAAUAUAUUUACAUAUGAAGUAGCACCUGUCUUUAUUAUAAUGGAAGGUAUUCUUCUAAAGAAAAUGCAUGAGAAAGUAGGCUGGCAGUCAGAGAAAGCAGAUGGGAUUUUUGCACCUGGUGGUGCCAUAUCAAACCUGUACAGCGUUUUGCUGGCUCGUUAUAAACAUUUUCCUGAAGUUAAAACUAAAGGCAUGGGAGCCAUUCCCACAUUAGUGCUAUUCACCUCAGAGCAUAGCCAUUAUUCAAUAACAAAAGCAGCAGGAGUUCUUGGUAUUGGAACUGAAAACACAGUUUUGGUGAAAAGUGAUGAGAGGGGGAAGAUGAUACCUUCGGAUUUAGAAGUCAAAAUAAUUGAAGCCAAAGCUAAGGGUUAUGUGCCUUUCUAUGUAAAUGCCACUGCUGGGACAACAGUGUUUGGAGCUUUUGAUCCUAUCAAUGAAAUUGCUGAUGUAUGUGAAAAAUACAAGCUUUGGCUGCAUGUUGAUGCAGCAUGGGGUGGUGGACUGCUGAUGUCUGACAAACAUUCUUACAAGCUUCGUGGCAUUGAGAGGGCAUGUUCUGUGACUUGGAAUCCACAUAAGUUGAUGGGCGUUCCCUUGCAAUGUUCUGCCUUUCUUGUCAGAGAAAAGGGUCUUCUCCAAGCCUGUAACCAGCUACAUGCAGAAUACCUUUUUCAGCCAGACAAGCCAUACGAUGUCUCUUAUGACACAGGAGACAAAACCAUCCAGUGUGGUCGUCAUGUGGAUGUGUUCAAAUUUUGGUUAAUGUGGAAGGCUAAGGGCACUCUUGGAUUUGAACGGCAAGUGAACAAAUGCAUGGAACUAGCAGAAUACCUCUACAGCAAGCUGAGGAAAAAAAGUGAGAGCUUUGAACUAGUUAUGCCUUUUGAACCUGAACAUUCUAAUGUCUGUUUCUGGUACAUCCCGCCAAGCAUCAGAGGAAUUCCUAAAGGUCCAGAAAGAAACAGAAGACUACAUCAGGUUGCCCCCAAAAUCAAAGCUCGGAUGAUGGAAGAAGGAACAGUAAUGGUUGGUUACCAGCCUUAUAAGGAUAAAGUAAAUUUCUUCCGUAUGGUCUUUUCUAAUCCUGCAACAAGAAUGUCAGAUGUCGAUUUUCUCAUUGAAGAAAUAGAGCGGCUUGGCAAAAAUAUAUGAUGCUGAAAAACAAAGACUGCAUAGUAUUUCAUUCCUAAGCUCCUGUUCCUACAUGUUAGCAUGAAGAACAUAUUUUAAUAUAUGUAAAUAAAUACAUAAAUACUAAAAAUAUCUAAUAUGCUGAUGAAUAAUUUAAAUCAUUUUAGUCUUAUAUCUAUUUUCUUUAACAUUUUAAGAUGACAAAUCUCAUGUAUUUUGUAUGAAUUUAUUUUAUUAUCUUAGACUACAAACAUUUUGAGGGAAUGUUAUCGGUCAGACUUUAUUCAAAUAGCUGUUUAGCUGAUUUAUCAGUGCACUAGUAGUAAAAACAAAAAAUAAUUAAUGUAAUAGCACUUUGGAUUUUUUGUUUGUUUGUUUUAGCUUCCAGAAUGUCUGUCUGUUACAUUAGUGGUGUUAGUAACCUGGGCAAUAGUGGUGCAUUGUAUGAAAAUCUUUCUUUUAAUAAGAUGAUUUGAAAAUAAUGCAGUAUACGAUGAUAUACAUUUGCAUGUUGAUUUGGUGAUAGGGGCUUUAACAAUUUACAAUCACAUGAUAAGCUGCAGAUUCCCAAUAACAACUAUAUAUAUAUAUAUAUAUAUAUAUAUAUAUAUAUAUAUAUAUAUAAUAUGUAUGUCAUCAUGCUGUGAUGCAAACUACAGUCUAUAGCAUGUUUUUUUAGUCUGCAUACAGUAUUUUAUAUUCCUGCUUAAAACAGCAUUGCUAUAUAAAAAGGAAGCAUUAAGUCAUGCAUGGUUCCCUAUUAGAAGACCAAAAACGGAUUCUUUCGAAUGCGUCUUGGUCGAACUCAAAAGCCUGAAAUGGCAAAAUAUCGAAGUGACAUUUAAGCAAAUUCUUUCCCUGGGAA